AUGCCGCCGUCUUCACAUUUUGGGGUGCCCACAGGUGCUGCUGCCAUCGGCGGAGGCGGCGGUGGCGGCGGCGGCGGCACGAAGAAGAAGCUGCAGGACGCCACGAACGACGAGCUAAUGUCUCUGGUGAGGCACCACUCUUCAAGGCUCAAGAUCGUGGAGGAAGAGUACAGCAAGCUCAAGCAGAAGUACAUUGGCACGUUUAACGAACACGCCGAUCAGCAGCAGACAGUUCAGGAGCUUCGACUGGCGCUGCAACAGCAGGCCACAUCGUCUCAAGCUGAUGGAGAUGGCACGGCGGCGGCAGCGGCGGCGCAGCAGCUGGAACGGGCGUUCGAAGAGCGCAAGGCGGCUCAGGAGGGCGUGAAGGAGAUGGCCGAGCGCUACUCGGCUCUGCAGGAGAAGUUCAGAGCCCUGGAGACCAGCGCGGAGGGUGUUCAGCAGAGCGCUGAAUACAACAAUCUUCUUAGUAAAAUGAAGGUCUUGAUCGCCAAGUACAAGGAGGCCCAGGGUUCCAUCAAGGGCCUGCAGGAACAGGUGCAGGAGCUUCAGGACCAAAAAACCCCGGGCGCAGACGACGACGGGGACGGCGCCAAGGGCGGUGCCGACCCGGCGUUCGGCGCAACCAUCGCAGCUCUGCAGGCCCAGCUCCGAGAGGUUACCGAGGAGAAGAACGAAGCGGUGCAGCGGGCGGAGGCGGAGGCGGCGGCGGCGGCGACCGCAGCGCAACAGGAGACAGGAGAAGACGCUGCUGGUGGCGCAGACGACCCGGACUUCGGCGCGACGAUCGCCGCCCUGCAGACCCAGCUCCGAGAGGUCACCCAAGAGAAGGACGAAGCCGUGCAGAGGGCGGAGGCGGCAGUGGCGCGCGAGGGUGGUUUUGUUGCCGGCGGCGGCGAGGAUGGCGUUGCGACGGCGGCCAAGGAAAAGCUGGAGGAGCAGGAGAAGGCCCACCAGGAGGCUCUUGCCGAGAAGCAGUCGCAAAACGAGCAGCUCGUCCAGAAGGUGCGCCAGCUGCUGACCACGUGCCGCUCCCUCAAGGAGCAAGUGGCGGUGGCGGCGGCGGCGGGCGGCAGCGGCGCCGGUGCUGGUGCUGCUGGUGCUGCGCAAGCGGGGGAAGAAGAAGGCGGUGGCCUCCAGGCCCAGCUCGACCUCAAGCAAGCGGAGAACGACAAACUCAUGGCCCGGCUGCGGGAGCUAGCUCAACGGUUCCGGGCGCUCCAGCAGGAGCAGCUUCGGUCGGCAGGCGGCGAGGAGGGCGGCGGCGGCGGCGAGGGCGCGGCUACGGCUGCGGUGGCUCCCUCCGACGUCGCCGAGCAGCUGGCGGACGCCGAGCGGCGAGUUACCGCCGCCGAUGAGAGGGCGGCGGAGCUAGCCCGCCGCUGCGAGGAGGCCGAGGCGGAGCACGGGCGUGCCUCGGAGUCCCUGAAGGAGGCGGUGGAGCGCCUGGCGGCGCUCGAUGCUACCGCCGCCGCUGGGGGAGGAGAGCGGACCGAGAAGACCGUGGCUGCUCUUGAGGCCAGCGUGGCAAGCCUCGCCGGCGAGCUGAAGGCGUCCAGAGAGGAGAAAGAGGAGGUUUCGACGCAGCUCGAGGCCAAGACUGCGGACUUCGAGAAAAUGCUCGGCCGGACGAAGGACCUCGCCGGGCGUUACCGGGAGCUGCAGGCGCAGGCCGAAGGUUCGGCUUCGGAGCUCGCCGCCGCGCGCGCCGGAGAGGAGGAACGCCUCGCGGAAGCAGUCGCCGCCGCCUCCGCCCGGCUCGCUGAGCUCCAAGCGACCGCCGACGCCGCCGCCGCGGAAGCCCAGGGCCGGAUCGCCGAGCUCGAGGAGCGGCGGGGCGGAGAGGAGGAGGUGGCCGCCAGCCUGCGGCGGGCGGAGGAGGAGCUGGAGCGCCUGCGCGGGGCGGAGAAGGAGCUCUCGGGCGACCUGGAGGCGUCCCGGGCGCUCGAGCGCGAGGCCCGAGACGAGGCGGUGGCGCAGAAGACCGAGCUCGAGGCCGCCAAGGCGGAGCUGGAGGGCAAGGCGCGCGGCCUGGAGGAAGCGGAGGGGGCCUUGAGGGCUGCCGAGACGGCCACCGAGGAGAGGCUGGCGACUCUGGCGGCGGAGGCGUCGACCCUCCGGGAGCAGCUGUCGGAGGCGACGGCGGCGGCGGAGGGAGCGGCGUCUGCGGCCGGUGCCGAGGUGGGAAGUCUCCGGGAGGAGGCCGAGGGUCUCAGGGCGGAGGCGGUCGCGGCGCGGGGAAAGCACGAGGAGGAGGCGCGCGAGGCGGAAGAGAAGCUGGCCGAAUCGCGGGCGCAGUUGGAGGCGGCCAAGGUAGCCGCUGAGGACAGCCUAGCAGCCCUAGACCAGGAGCGCGAAGCCCUCGCCGACGAGCGAAAGGCGGCGCAGGGCCGGGAGGAAGAAGCCCGAGGGGAAAUCGGCCGUCUCGAGGCCCAGCUCGAGGGGGCCGCGAAGGGAGAGUCGGAGCACGUGGCGGCCCUGCAAGCGCAGCUGGCGGGGGCGCAGGAGGCCGCGCGGGCGGCUGCCGAGGAGAUGGCGAGGAAGCACGAAGGGAAGCUGGAGUCUGCGAGGGCGGAGGUGGAGUCCCUUAAGGAACAGCUCUCGGAGGUGACGGCACGCUCGGAAGAGGUGAAGGAGAAGCUCGAGCAGGAACUGAAGGUCGCCGGGGACACAGCAUCAUCGGCGAUGGAAUCGCUCAAGGAGCAGCUCUCGGAGGCGACGGCCGCUCAGUUGGCUGCGGAUGGCGCGGCAGCGGAGGCCGGUGCGGAGGUCGCGCGUCUCCGAGAGGAGGGAGAGAGCCUCCGGGCGGAGGCAUCGGGGGCCGAGGGCAAGCACGCGGAAGAGAUGCGCGAGGCGGAGGAGAAGCUAGCCGAGGCGCAGGCGCAGGUGGAGGCGGGCAAGGUAGCCGCUGACGAGAUCCAAGCAGCCCUAGACCAGGAGCGCGAAGCCCUCGCCGACGAGCGAAAGGCGGCCCAGGGUCGGGAGGAAGAAGCCCGAGGGGAAAUCGGCCGUCUCGAGGCCCAGCUCGAGGGAGCCGCGAAGGGAGAGUCGGAGCACGUGGCGGCCCUGCAAGCGCAGCUGGCGGGGGCGCAGGAGGCGGCGCGGGCGGAGGCGGGAUCCCUCAAGGAACAGCUCUCGGAGGCGACGGCGGCUGCGGAUAGCGCGGCAGCGGAGGCCGGUGCGGAGGUCGCGCGUCUCCGAGAGGAGGGAGAGAGCCUCCGGGCGGAGGCAUCGGGGGCCGAGGGCAAGCACGCGGAAGAGAUGCGCGAGGCGGAGGAGAAGCUAGCCGAGGCGCAGGCGCAGUUGGAGACGGCUACGGCAGCCUCCGAGAAGAGCCUAGCAGCCGCCGAGGACAGCCAAGCAGCCCUAGACCAGGAGCGCGAAGCCCUCGCCGACGAGUGCAAGGCAGCGCAGGGUCGGGAGGAAGAAGCCCGAGGAGAAAUCGACCGUCUCGAGGCCCAGCUCGAGGGGGCCGCGAAGGGAGAGUCGGAGCACGUGGCGACCCUGCAAGCACAGCUGGCGGGGGCGCAGGGGGCGGCGCAGGGGUGGCAGGCAACUUCGGAGGAGAUGGCGAGAAGGCGCGAGGAGGAAGUGGGGGCGGCGAGGGAGAGGCUGGAAGAGGCAACCGCACGCGCGGAAGAGGUCAAGGAGAAGCUGGAGCAGGAUCUGAAGGACGCGGAGGACAAGGCCUCAUCGGCUCUGGAGUCGUUCAAGGAGAAGCUCGCGGAAGCGUCGGCCGCGCAGUCGGCUGCAGACAACGCCGCAGCGGAGGCCGGUGCGGAGGUCGCGCGUCUCCGAGAGGAGGGAGAGAGCCUCCGGGCGGACGCCUCGGGGGCCCAGGAAAAACGCGCGGAAGAGAUGCGCGAGGCGGAGGAAAAGCUGACCGAGGCGCAGGCUCAGGUGGCCGCCAUGACGGCUUCCCUCAAGGCCGCGGAGGCUAGGGAGGACGAGCUCCACGGCGGGAGGGUGGCCGUCGAGCAGCACCUGGAGGGCCAGCUGAACCAGCACCGCGAGGAGGCCAGGAGGCAGGCGGAGGAGCUGAGGGUCGAGAAGGAAGCGCUGGCGGCGGAGCUGUUGGAGCUCAGGGAGUCCCACGCUCGCCUCGAGGCCCGCGCGGUCGAGCUCGACGCCGCCUCCAAGGCCGCCAUCGCCAGGGCCGCCGAGCUCCUGGCGGAGCUGGAAGUCGCCCAGACGGCGGCGAAAGCCCGAGAGGUGGAGGCCGGGGAGGCGUCGGCGGCCGAAGCGGAGGCGGCCUCCGAGGAGCUGCGGGCGGCCCGGGCGGCGGCGGACGAGCUCCGGCUUCAGCUGGAGGAGGCGGAGGGCGCCGCCAGGACCGCGGCCGAACGGCUGGAGGGGAAGACGGCCGAGCUGGACGGCGUGAGGGAGGAGGCGGUCGCGCUGGGGGGCCGCGCGGCCACCGUGGAGCGGGAGGCCGAGGCGACGGCGGCCGGGCUGCGGGCAGAGCUCGCCGCCGCCGUGGCCGGGGCCGAAGACGCUCGGGCCGCCCUCGCCGAGGAGGUUGACGGCGCCAGGGGGCGGCUGGAGGCGGCGCUCUCGAGGGCGGAGCAGGCGGAGGCCGAGCUCGCCUCGGUCAAGGAGGCUGCCGCGAGGGAGGCGGACUCGCUUCGGGAAGAGGCGGCCAGCGCCAGGGAGGGCGAGGCGGGCGCGAAGUCCCGCGCCGCGGAGGACGCGGAGCGGGCCACGGUCGCUAGGGAGGCCUUCGUCGGGGAGAUGGAGAAGGUCAGGACGGCGCUGGCCGAGGCCGAGGGUAAGGUCGAGCGGCUCGUCGCCCAGGCGGAGUCCUCGCGGCAGGGGGCGUCCGCGGAGGUGGAGACUCUACGCGGGCAGGUCGAAGCGGCGGAGGAUGCGAGAGCCGCCGCGGCGGAGAGGGCAUCUGCUGCGGAAGGGGAGGCGGCGGGGAGGGCGGAGCUGCUGUCGGCCCGGCUGGCGGAGGAGACGGCGGCGGUGGCGGCAGCGGUGGCGGCCGCGGAGGAAGCGGCCGGAGCGAGAGACGCCGCGGAGGCCAGGGUCGCCGAGAUCUCGCAGGAGCUCGCGGCUCAGAGGCAGGAAGCCGGCGCUGCCGAGGCGGAGAGAGCGCGCGAGGCUACCGAGAUGGGCGAGACGGUUAGGGGGCUGGAGGGGGAGCUCGAGGCCGCGCGGAGGGAGGCAGAGGAAGCCGAGUCGAGGGCCGGGGCCGCGGGUCCCGAGGCGGACGCGCUCCGACAGAGGGCGGAGGGCGCGGAAGCUGCCGCUGAGAAGCUGAAGGAAAAGAUCCAGAAUCUCGUGGGCAUGUGCAAGAAGAUCAAGGCGAGCAAGCAGGAGGGCGAGGAAGAAGCAGAGGCAGCCGCCGCCGCCGCUGCCGCUCGGGUCGCCGGUCUCGAGAACGACCUCACGACCGUCAGGGAAGAGGUGGAACGCCUCCGCGAGCAGGCCGCAGGAGAGCAGGCCAGGCAAGAAGACGAGCGGCGUGAGACGGAGGAGAAGCUCGCCGAAGCGCUGGCACAGGUCGAAGCGCUGGACGCCCGCGCCGCCUCUGCGGCCGCCGAAGCCGAGGCGAGAGAGGACGAGCUCCACGGCGGCAGGAUGGCUGUGGAGCAGCACCUCGAGGCCCAGCUGAAGCAGCACGACCAGGAGGCGAGGAGACAGGCCGCGGAGCUCAGGUCCGAGAAGGAAAGGGCCGACGAGGAGCACGCCGCCGAGGCCGCCCGCCUCCGCGGCGAGCUCGAGGCCGCCGCCGCUGAGAUGGCCGACCUGGCGGCGAGGCUGGACGAGGCGAAGGCGAGGGUCGUCGAGGUCACGGCGCAGAAGGAGGCCGCGGAGGCCGCGGCGGCGGCGGCGGCGGAGGCGGAGUCGCAGCGGGAGGAGCUGGUGCUGGCGCAGGCGACCGGCCGGCAGAAGCUGGAGGAGGCCGAGACCGCGGCUGUGGCGGCCGUGGCGGAGGCGGAGGCCGCCGCCGACCGCACCAUCAAGGAGCUGGAAGAGAGGCUGGGGCUGCUGGAGGAGCAGCUGAAGGAGGCGGAGGAGGGGGGGCAGAGAAAGGCGCAAGAGCUGUCCAACGCCCUGGAAGAGGCCACGGCAGGGAGAACAGAGCUUGUUGAUAAGUGCAAGGAAAUGGCAGAUGGGAAGGAGGAGAUGGAGCAAAGGCUGCAGAAGAUGGCGGACGACACCAAGACAGAGUUGGAGCGGCGCGACCAGGAGCUGGCAGCCGCACAGUCAAGCCUUUCUCAGCUGCAAAGCGAAGCAGAACAGUUGAAGGCGGCGGAGCAGGCGGCGAGUGCUCGUAGUGAGAACGUCACGGGCAAGCUCAAGGAGCUGAUUCCACGCUACAAGGAGCUUCGUGACUCCGCGAGAGAGUCUGACGAGAACGCCCAGCGUUCCGAGGCGUCCGCAAGCGCCGCCGGGGAGCAGGUCCGCCGGCUCCGGCAAGAGCUCGAAGCUGCGCGCGAGGAGGUGGCGACGACUCGCAGCGCCGUCGAGGCCGGCGACGGGCGUGUCGUGUCCCUAUCGGAGGAGGUGCAGGCGCUCCGCGCGUCGCGCAACGGGCUGGACCGGAGGCGGGUAGAGCUGCAGCUGGAGCUGGCGGGGGAGAAGCUGAAGAACGCGUUCGGGGUGCGGGGUCGGUCCGGGCUGGGGCUGGGGCUGGGGCCGGAGUUCGGGGCCGACCUGGGCGUGGCCGGGGAGGUGUUCCAGAGGUGGCGCCUGGCGUUCUUAGAGGGGAGGCAGGGGGCCAUGAAGAGCGAGUCGGAGGAGAACCGGGGGAAGGCGGAGAGCUACGAGAGCCUCGUGCAGCGGCUCAGCGAGGAGCUGGAGCGCCAGGGCGAGGCCGUGAACAGGCACGCGAGCUUGCUUCUCGAGAGGGAGGAGCAGCUGGACGCGGCCCUGGACCGGGCGGCCAGGGCCCACGACGAGCUCAUCUCCAUGGAGCCGCCGAGCCUGUCGCAGGUGUGGUGCCUAGUCCGUUAUGCUAUCGCUUCUUCUUCGUCCGGCAAGCGCCGCGGCACGGCGACCGGACGGGAAGAGGAGGAGGAGGAGGCGGACACGGCAAGUGCAGAGGAACGUCAGCCGCAGCAAGGGGGGCGGGAAGAAGAGGAAACUGGAGAUACCCCGCGGGGCAACGUGUCCAGCAGUAGAGACGACCAGCCGAUGGAAGGAGAAGAAGGGGAACAGCAGCCUGCUGCUUCAGCACCGGCAAGCCCAGCUCAAUCUCAGAACGACGCUCCCGCCACGGAUGACGGGGCAGCCGUUUCGGCAGAGGACGCUCAGCUGUCAUCGAACCACCCCGUCCGCGAAGGGGCCAAGGGCGAUGAGAGUGGAGGGGAGGAGGAGGAGGACGGGAGCGAGACGAGUACAGCGGCUGGUGAUGAAAGUGUCGUGGCUAACGGUAACAACGACAAAGAUGACACGGUGGAGGUGGUCGAGUGGCGGACACAAGAAGACGUGGACGAAUGGUUCGCUGUUCAGGUCGCCCGCGCCAUAGAGGUGGCCGAAGAACAACAACAAGCAGCUAGCCUCGGUGGCGGUGUCGACGGAGGGCCCUCCGCCGGCGCGAUGGACGCAACGGCGGUUAACGCGCAAGCCCCGGUCGCGGUGGCCCCGGUUUUGCCGGUGCUGGAGACCCCGAUGACGCUGCAGCAGUCGUUCGGCGCGGAGCUGUCGCGCGUCAGGGGGGACCUGGAGGGAAAGCUGGAAGAGGCGCGCGCCGAGCUCACGAGGAACACGGAGGCGUACAAGCAGUACCGCGCGCGGGCACACACGGCCAUCAAGAACAGCGGGGCCUCGCAGAGGGACACGGAGGCCCGCAUCGCGCAGGCGCACAAGGAGCUGUCCGCCGAGCAAGAAGCCAUGCGCAAAGCCCACGAGGACCGCACAGCGGCGGAGGCUCGCUGGGCUGAAGAGUCGGCAGCCCUAAAGCAGCAGAUAUCCGAGCUCGAGGCCCGGGUCGAGACAGCAGCAGCGCGCACCGCGGAGGUCGAGGCAAACAUCGCCGGCUCCGUGGAGGAAGGCGUCAGGGCCGCCAAGGAAGAGACCGCCGAGGCGCGGCGGCUGGAGGAGGAAGGGGCCAAGGCCGCCGGCGAGAGCGGUGGUGGUGGAACGGGCGGCGGCGGCGGCGGCGGGGGGGGGGGGUCCAAGCAGCCACAGCAGACGGCCGCGGAGUCCCACCACGCCGAGCAGCAGAUCCUUCAGAUGGCGAGGGUCCAGGCGCAGCGGGACGAGGAGACCGGGCGGCUCCGCGUCAACAUCCAGAGGCUGGCGGACGAGAUCCGCGCCCGCGAGGAGGAGCUGGCGGCCCGCGACGACGAGAAGGAAGAGCUCAGGAAGCGAGUGGAGGACCUCCAGGGGGAGGCCGCGAGGGCAAAGGAGCUCCUGGACGAUGCCACCGGGCCGGAGAAGAUGACGUACCUCAAGAACGUCGUCAAGAGGUUCGUGAUGAGCGACGGGACGGAGCGGCAGCGGCUGGUGCCGGUCGUCGCGACCAUCCUGAGCUUCAGCCCGGCGGAGACCAGCGAGGUCGGCAAGGCCGUCGCCGCGGCGGCCGCCGGGGGCGCGACUUCCUGGGGGUCUGUUUUCGGGUGA